AGUCGUCCUUUGUUGGCUCAAGCUCCAGCAGGGUUCGAUCAAGGCAGUUGCAUUCGAAGUGUCAGUAAGCAGCUUCUGCCUAAUUAUCAUCGAACACAUGGCGGACGGGGACACCGGCGCGAUCGACCCUGGAACGGUUGAUUUGCGCUGGCACGUCUUGAUCGACCUCGUUGAUUUUGCGACAUCCGUCACUUAUACGAUAUUCUAUGCGCAGUGUGUGGGUGCCCACAAGAAGAACACGUUCUGGAUUGUGAACAGCGCAAUUUGCGCAAUAGAGCUGUUGGUUUUGGUCUGCUCGUAUUACCACAGCAAGCGUAGGGCUGAGGAAAAGUUCGAUGUGAAGGGAGCUGAGAGCCGAUUGCGGACGGAACACGACAACAUCGAGUACAUGGAAGGAAGGGCAGGUCCAUGGACUGAUGAGGAACACAAAAGGUUUUGCACUCUUCAAGUAAGGCUGAAAGAAAAGGAGAAGAAGGCAAAGGCUCACCGAGUGUUCUUCUACAUUGGCUUGACGACCGUAUGGGAUAUCGCUAACAGCGCAGCUGUUUUCCUCAUGAACGACGCCAUGUUUGCAGUCGAGAGUUGCGGCUCAGCAUCAACGUAUUUGAAGUACGCCAACGGCCUCGUCUCUCUGCUCAACAUGGUAAUCAAGGUCGUCGACGUGUGCAAGGUCUGGAGAUCGGCCGGCGACGAGGACGACAUGUAGUCGAGGACGACAGCCCCGGCGACGAGGAUAAAUAUGAGUCCUCUCAUUCAUGACGAUGGCUUCCCUGAUAUCUGAACUAUUAGGCCUUCGCAUUGGCGGGUGGUAGGCAUACAUCGCGCGCGAAAGGCGGUCAAGUUGCGUAGCAAGUUUUUUCUGCGCCUUGCUUUCAGAUUCAAUCCAGCUGGCUCUGGCGAACACGUUGCCUUUGCGGCGGCAGGACAAAGGCGAUGCUAGCAAUCCA